AUAACUUUUCCUUUCGAUUUGUCACCAUGUCCCAACCGUCAAUCACAACCACUUCAACCCACUCUGGCGAAUUACCUAUUGGCGCUGAUGGAAAGCCCUUAAAGCCAUGCUGCGCUUGCCCUGAAACAAAGAAGGUUCGAGACCGCUGUAUCUUCGACAAAGGCGAGGAGAAUUGCAAGGAAUACAUUGACAACCACCUCAAAUGCAUGAGAGAUCUUGGUUUCAAGAUUUAAAAAAACUCUCUAGCCUAAGGACUAUUUUCCAACACCUUCAAUUAGUGUACAAUAUCAUAUCCAGCAAUCAAAAGUGUAUAAUCUUCCCUCAAGCCCAUUUUUAGAGUCUCUAAAAGCUCUAUUCUUACGUUUUCGCUAAAGCAAUGAUAAUGAAAUAGAUAUCGAAAGGGAUUUUUAAAUCCUUCUUUCAAAAGUAAAAUAAAGAUAGAGUAUCCU